AUGGGCAAGCUCCUCCACGCGCUGUUCGUCGUCGUCGCCUUGGCUGGCUACUACUACAGCGAGCUACUCCAGCAUCAUGUGCUUGCGCCCGUCGCGCGAUCGCUGCAGCUGGACUCGCGGCUGCCGGCGCCAUCGCCCGUCGGCCGUCCCUACGACGCCGCCGCAUGCGCCGCCGCCGCGUCGGCCCACUUGACGGACGUCCUUCCAGUCCAAGGCUUCCAUGUGCUCUGCAUCCGCAAGACGCCACACGAUACCAUGCAAGGUCUGGCGUACAAGGAAGGUCUUGCGACCGCGGCGCCGCUGCCGUUCGAGACCGCGCUCGACAUGGGCGCGCUCCGCGCCGAGCUCGAGUCGUACAAGCAGCGCUGGGCCUUCUUCUCGCCGACGGGCGACCGCCUCUGGCAGCUCAGCCAGCUCCACGCCGCGUCGCUCGUCUAUGUGUUUGAAGGCGGGCAGUUCAUCUGGCCGGGUAUCCACGUUGGCCACAAGCGCACCAUUCCAAACCUCCACGGGCUCGGCGACGUGGUCCUCGAGACGCUCGCGAUGACACCGCUCGUGUUUUCGGUCGAAGAGUUUCUACGCGACGAUGAAAUCGACGUGAUCCUCGACCUCUCCAAGGAGCACUUGGCGCCGUCGGGUGUGACGCUCCAAGACGGCGAUGCUGGCAAGCCCGCGACCGAGUGGCGCACGAGCACGACGUAUUUUCUGCCGUCGCACCGCCACGCACUCGUCAUGGGCAUCGACCAGCGCGUCCAGGACCUGGUCAAAGUCCCGAUCUCGCACCAAGAAGAUGUCCAAGUGCUGCGCUACGAAGAGAGCCAAAAGUACGAUCACCACACCGACUACUUCCCCGUCGAGAGCUACCAGAAUUCGCCGGACGUGGUCGAAAGCAUCCACCACGGCUUCAAGAACCGCAUGAUCACGGUCUUUUGGUACAUGUCGGACGUCGCGGACGGCGGCCACACGAUCUUCCCACGCGCCGGCGGCCUCCCGCUUCCCGACUCGAUGAAGGACUGCACAAAGGGCCUCAAGGUCGCGCCCAAGAAGCGCAAAGUCAUCGUCUUCUACAGCAUGCUCCCAAACGGCGUCAACGAUCCCAUGAGCCUCCACGGCGGGUGCCCUGUCCUUGACGGUAUCAAGUAUUCGGGCAACAAGUGGGUCUGGAACAAGCCGCGCUACUAG